UUAUAUGCAACUGCUCUUGGUGAUUUUGCUGAAGAUCAAUCGCAAGCAAUGGAAAUUCGUCGACCCCUUCACUCUGCUCUGUUUACUAAUUUGUUACCGGAGGCAGAGUACGCUAUUGGUGUAGUCGUCUACAAAGAGCAUGAACCAAGUUUAUACUAUAGAACCAAUGCUAAAACUGUUUCAAAUAGCGGUAUGCUGUGGGAUGAUAAACCAAAAAUUGUUGAAGAAGGUCAAAAUACCUAUGUAGUUAGUUGGAAACGACCUGAAAUUAGUCAUCCGAUUGAAUACUAUGUUGUCGAGUAUCGUUCAGUAGAUAAUAAUACAUGGUGGAAAUACAAGACAAUCCUGAAUGACGACGAUCAGUUUUCAUUAGACAUUGAAGAUUCAUAUGGAAAAAUCUUUUAUUCAAUACGGAUUUUAGCUGUUGACGAUCAGAACAGACUUGUUCUAAAAACACCAGAAACAAGAAUCAGUUCAAUUAUUCUGGAACCUUGCAUUGGUAAUGGUGGUAUACCAAAAACUAUAACAUAUAAAUUCAUCUCCGAUAACGCGAUCCAAUUUUCGUGGGAAAAGCCACUUUGUGAAUCUUCGCGACCAGUUACUGGUUACGAAUACCAGUUUUGGGAAGCAGGGAACCAAAAUGACGAUGAUCGAUUGGACUCCUUCGUUGGUGAUGCUGUAGUGGUACGCGGCGAACUUAAACCCGCUACACAGUAUGCUUUUCGUGUUCGUUCUAGGGUUGGUCCCAAUCGUAGCCCAUGGUCUGAAACUGUUAAUGUGAGAACAGAUUCAUUUUUAUCGCAAGGUAAAGUUGUCUUUUAA